AUGGACAUAAAACCAAAGUUAACGUUGACGACCACGGCAAAUGAACCUCCAGGACACGACAUCUUCUGCACCCCCGAAAACAGCGAGUUUCUCUCCAAAGUACACUACAGAGACCUCAAUACCAGCGACAGGGAAAUCCGCCUUCUCAAAAUCCUGCCCAACUCAGGAUCGGGCUUCAUCGAAUGCGAAUUAUUACCCAGCGUGAAACUCGCUGAUGUGCAUAAGCAAUAUCUUGCACUAUCUUACUGCGCAGGUGAUGCGCGCAACACAAAGCCCAUCAUCGUCAAUGGGGCAAGGUGUAACGUCUUUGCCAACCUACACCACGCCUUGAAUACAGUUCGCUACUAUUGGGAGACACAUACGUAUCAUCGAGAUUUGUUCCUGUGGGUGGAUCAGAUAUGUAUCAACCAGGCUAAUCUGAUAGAGAGAUCUAUUCAAGUUGGGUUCAUGAGGGCUAUAUACGAGAGUGCGAAAGAGACUCUUAUUUGCCUGUCUGUGGCCGAUACAAAAGGAGACGGUAUGCGAUGGCUUGUAGAACUGGAGGAAACCUAUGUGAAUCGGGCGAUUAUCGGAGAGACACUUCCAUCAGAAGAUGGGGGCGAUCGUCGACAUCCUUUUUCAACUACCCAAUUCCGAACAGAGAUGGAGGAAUGCCUGAGCCAUCAUGAGUUUGUGGAUGGUUGGAUCAAGUUCUGCGACGUCUUGAGCAGUCCAUGGUGGGGAAGAGCAUGGGUCUUUCAAGAGUUUAUGGUUUCGUGCCGAGCGACGUUUCUCUACGGACAGCACUCUAUGAAACACGAAAUUAUGCUGUCACUCAUGCCCGACCUCUGCCUAUCAACGCUGGAGGUCCUUUUCGAGCCAGAAAAGACCCGCGGAACGUGUAUCAAGAAGAAGCUGAAGCGUGCAAAAGUCACUCGUACUCAGGUUUCGCGAUCCAUCUCCAAGGUUCUCAGUGUCUUUCUCGCCAAACACGAGUGGUAUAGAGAUUACGAUCUGAAGAAGCUUCUUGUAUAUACACAGAACAGCGAGUCUUCUGAUGAGCGGGAUCGGAUCUACUCCAUGGUUGGACUUGCGCACCCUGGUUACGCAAUAAUACCGGACUAUGCAUAUGAGAACACUUUCGAGAGACUUCUUGUGGAGACUACAAGGCGUAUCAUUACUUUUGAGGAUAGCUUGGAAGUCUUAUCAUACCUUGGCCGUGGUGAGCCCUCAUCCACUGGCUGCAGAAAGUUGCUGCCCUCAUGGGUUGUGGAUUGGACCACAGUCCAGUCGUUACCCUCCUGGGUCGUUAACCUGGACGAAAUUCGACAUCUUCCUGAAGCUAUGAAGUACGUGGAAGAGAUAGACUCGGGAGUCAGCAAUCAUUACAUCAAAGUAGGAUAUGCCGAUUCUUCAUUUGUCCAACUCCGACAUCCAGUAUACCCUGACAUGAAGACUACCGCAAUACAAGUAUGGGCUGUGUUCCUAGAUUCCGACUUCAUUGUCAACGAUCAAAAGAUGUUUGUUAGUCAGAACCUUUUCGAAGUCAAGGCCGAAUUCCCUGUCCAAAGGGAUGACGAGCUUUGGGUUUUCUGCGGCUCAUCGGAACCUUUUCUUUUAAGAAGAUGUUCGGGCGGAUACAGGGUUGUUGGUCCAGUGCUUUGCUUGACUUUGGCAUAUCAGCCCUUUUGGGGGAUAUCUGGACGUUUGGAUAAGUACGCUGAUGAAUCUGGAGACCUCGACCCUUCUAUGAUGGAAUUGAAACGAAUUACGAUCUUUUAG